AUGCUGCCGAUGAACUGCUCAGCGCACAGCCAGGCGGCAGAGGUGGCCACGGCCUCGCUGCUGCUGCUUGAGUGCGGGCUGGGCACGCUGGGCAACGCCGUGGCGCUCUGGACCUUCUUCUUCCGUCUGAAGGCGUGGAAGCCCUUCGCCGUCUACCUGCUCAACCUGGUGCUGGCAGACCUCCUGCUGGCCGCCUGCCUGCCCUUCCACGCCGCCUUCUACCUGGAGCAGAAGCGCUGGUACCUGGGGCACGCGCCCUGCCAAGCGCUGCUCUUCCUGCGGGCCCUGUGCCGCGGGGCAGGCCUGGCCUUCCUCACCGCCGUCACCCUGGAUCGCUACCUGCGGGUGGUCCACUCCAGGCUCAGGGUCAACACUCUGUCGCUGCGGGCAGCCUGGGGCAUCUCAGGCCUGGUCUGGCUGCUCAUGGCCGGGCUCACCCACCAGAGCGCCUUCCUCUCGGAGGUGGAGUGCCCCAGCUCCGAGCCCCGGGAAGAGUCCUCCUUCCGCCGCCUCUGGCAGGAGGCCCUCUUCUUCGUCCAGUUCAUCCUGCCCUUCGGCCUCAUCCUGUUCUGCAGCACGGGCAUCCUCAGGACCCUGCGGAAGCGGCUGCGGGAGCCGGACAAGCAGCCCAAGCUGCGGCGGGCGCGGGCGCUGGUGGGCGCGGUGGGCGUGCUGUUCGCGCUAUGCUUUCUGCCCUGCUUCGUGGCCCGCGUCCUGCUGGCCGCCUCCCGGGGGGCGCGCAGCUGCGGGCUGCUGACCGCCGCGAUGCACGCGGCCGACGUGACCGGCAGCCUCACCUACCUGCAGGGCGUGCUGAAUCCCGUGGUCUACUGCUUCUCCAGCCCGGCCUUCCGGCACUCCUACCGCAAGCUCUUCUACGCGCUCACCCUGCGGGCCCGCAGGCUGCAAGCAGAGGCCCCGGGCUGGGACCUCAGAGACUCAGACUCCUGAGGACCGCCCGCCCUUCCCUGUCUCCAAGACGACUCUCCCGGGGCCGAGCCAGCAGGAUGGGAAGUCAGGAUUCGGCGCUACACACUUCACACCGUGCCAGCAAGCGUCCUGCCCACGCUGUUCACCACGAUUUCCUCCAGCGACAGAGCCUCACAGAGCCACUACUCAAAACGGAGCCAGUGGAGCCUCCUUGACACAAUCACGGGGCAUGCUGAACUGCUCAAUCAUGGCCCCAUGCUCGUCGCUGAGAAAAGAUGCUCUGGUGUCCGGUGAUGGAGGGAGAGGAGGAGGAAGGUGGCAAGCCUGGUGUGGUUCUGACGGUUCGGUGUUGGCAAAUCACUUUAACUUCCUAUGCUGGUUUGUAAAUGCAAAGAGGUCUCUGCUCUUUUGCACCUACUGUGCAGACUGUGGUAACUGACGUGGGGAAGUGGGGCUUCGGGUCUGAAACCAGGUUCCGCCGGCUGUAAGCGUCCCGUGCUCAGAGCUGCUUGGCUCACCGCGCUUUGAUAAACUUGAGCUCCACUUGCAUAAAUUAUAGGUCACACCCAAGACAGCACGGUCAGUGCCUACCUUUAUUAUUAGGCGUGCUUUCUCACUAAACUUCUCAGAAGUGCUUGUAGAACUCAUGAAGGUUUGAAUGGCUGUGUGCUUCUGAAAUUCCGUCUGCUUCCCCAGCUCUAAAACAACCGCUGUGCUCUGAGCCUCCUGGAGGAGCAUUUGGUGUGAGAGCGUGCUUUCCACCCAAUGCCCGCGACGCGGAAGUCCUGAGCAAGGCUGCUGGGGACCGGCGGGCGCAAGGCCACCCAGAGAAGGUGGGCAGGGCCCCUGGACACUAACAGCGGCUGCCUCUUCUCCUCUGCCUCUUAAAUGAUGUCCCAAGUCUGCAACCCAUGCUGCUGACAGAGGACUUAGAACAUCACCCUGAUAUCUGCCUCAUCUCCCACCCUCUGUUCAAGGCAGGGGUGCCGCCCUGGAGAGACUCCAAGAUGCUUAGAAGGGGCCUGAGGUCUGCCUGUAGCUCUGGAUCCUGGGGUCCACUUGGAGCACCGGGUCUCGUGAUCUGCCUAUAGCUCUGGGUCCCAGG